UCUCGAGCCAAUUUCUAUUUCUCUUUCAUUCAUCCGUAGUUUACGGCAUUAGCCAAAAAAAAUGGAGAACAAUCCAAGCCAACGUGAUAGCACACUUGGCAACACUCCGAUUAUGACGCAACAGAACUCCCCUAAAAGUUUUUCAACUCUGGAGGCAAGAGACAAAAACACCAAACACACUGGACAAGACCAAGAGAAUGUGGACCUAGAUACAAAAGAGGACAGAAAACGCGAUUUAUCGAGACAGAACAGCCGGGAGCGUAAUAGAACAUCCCGAGGCAGUUGGGACGUAGACAUAUCACAGCAAAAAGACAACCAAGACCCCGCUCAUGCUGGUCUGACGAGGCGUGAUAGUUUUGAAGACGCUAUUUUGUACCCGCGCCCAAAGGAAGGCAGCAAGUCUCCUACGGUCCCGUCAGGUUCUGGCAGUCUGGUGACCCCGGAUGAGAUCUUCGGUCCGAUGUCCCCGAGACGUAGCAUCAGCUUUGAUGGAGCUGCCAGCAGAGGAGGAAACACCGCUUCUAGGGCUGAUAGCAAGAGGACAUCUCGGGUCGUCAGGUCAAACUCCAGGAAGUACUCACGCGCAAGGACGCUGUCUCCUUCUGACGAAGCUCCAUUACGGUCAAUGUCGAGAUUCGAACCCGCAUCACGGCACAUCGACAGAAGCAACAACUCUCGUGUCAACGGAAACAUUCGCGUAGACGAUAAAGAUGCUGCAACUAAUAAUAAAACAAUGAGUGCUCUGAGUAGACAGAGUCACGACCGGCGCUCUGAAAGGUCCUUUGACAAUAGCAGCAGGAAGAUCAAGCUUUACAAUAACAUGAGCAGCUCUCCGAAUGGGGUGGAGGAGGGUUCGGGACUUCUCAACACCACAACUGUGUCGAUAGAGAGAAACAAGUUUACCGAUCAACUUUACAGUUCCAAGAUGGACAGACGCUACGUUUCCCGCCUAAAUGCUUUGUCCCGUGGCUCCUCCUACUACCAUGGCGACAUUGUGGACGACAAUCUACUAAUCUCUGCUACCAAACUGGACAGUACCCUUAUACGUCUCUUCUCCGACCCCAAUCCCCAAGACAAGAACUACCGCGAGCAGCCUGGUACCCUCCUCUUGCCCUACGCAGACUACGCCCAGUCAGAUCUCAUUAGCCUGGACCCCGUCAAGUGGCGCGUGCAGCCCAUGCGCUCGUCUCACAAGGAAGCCCUCGACCACGAGCUCAGCUUCAUCGAGGAGAAUCUGACACCUCGCGACCUCAUCAAGAAGCUGUACGAAGAGGAAGUCCUCACCCUGAUGGACUACAACCAGCUGACCAGGACUGAAGGCCAAGGCGAGAGAGCUGUUACCCGACUCCUGGUCCGGACACUUCAGCGGAGAGGACACAAGGCUUACCCUACCUUUGUGCGAACCUUAGAGAACUUUGGCUACAACCACGUAAGCAACAAACUGAAUGAGACCGAGCUAUUCAUCCGGACAGGGAUGGAGAAGGACCGAGAGUCUUAUGAAAGGAGCAGCAGGAUGGAACAAAUGAAGCACCAACAAGCCCUUGACUUUGACAAAACUUUCAUUAAAAAAUCACACUUUUCACCUCGUGGGCACAUCGGCAACAGCGACCCCCUCAUCAGAACAACCCCGGAUACUUUCACCACGCCCACUAAUGGACACACAAUGAUGGCAAGCACGCAUUCCCCUCGCCGCUCCGACAACAACCAAAGUGGUCUUAGACCUUCUGUAUCUCGGGCUAGCAGCUCCCCAGAAAAAAUCGGAUACCCUAAAGAUAUAGAACAGCAUCUUCAAGGAUUGAACGCCGAGUUGAAGGCACUGCAUGACGACGUCACAGCUCUGAAGACCUCAAGACGCCAGAGCCAAAGUGCACAAAAACCAAGCGAAGAAGACACGCAGGUGAAAAAAGACCACCGCGAUAAGGCACAGAAGAGCGGAUCAUGUACAUUGCUCUGAUGCAUGACUGCCUGGAGAUCUACGCGAUUUUAUGGAUAUGAGGGAAAAGUUUUGUCUUGAAAGUUCAACUGAAAAAGAUGUAAUAUGCAAUUGAAAGUCGUUUCUUCAGACCCUCUGUUAAAGUGUUGCUUCCAUUACCAUAAAACCAAAGCUUUUACAAGAUCGACAGUUUUGCUCAAGGACAUAAUUAGAGCUCUGUCUGGAGGUGUCACUGCAUGUGAAGUAAGAAAAAAAACCCGGAUGAAAAUUGGUUUAUAAGUAGGGGAGAAUGUCGGUGCAUGUAUGUAUGUGUAAGAAUAAUAUGUGUAUGUGUGUGCAUGUAUGCGAGUGUAUAAUACAACUUAGGGGGUUACACACACACAAACACACACACACACACACACACACACACACACACUCAC